AUGAACGCAACGCCUCGACUGGACGAUGACAUCAUGUAUCUCAUACUCCCGUACAUCAACCCGUCCAACCUGGCCAUGACCUCUUCGCAUAUGUACCGACUCGCAUUCUCCUAUCGCUUUUCUAACGUAUCGAUAGAAGUCGACCGAAGAGGAAAAGACCAUGCUGAGUUCCUCCUCGAACGAGAUCCCAUCUUGAACACGGUCCGCGCCUCGAACAUCCGACGCCUUCUUGUGUUUGGUGAACACGACAAUGACAUCGACUUCACGACGCAUAUUCUGCCCAUCCUCCAAAACUCGGCAGUGAAUCUGCGCAUCAUAAACGUCGUCACUUCCUACACAGAACAGGGGUUCGAGCGCGAUCCUCGCUUGCUCGCCGCGAUUGCAACCAUCCCGAAGCUCACCUCCUUGAACCUCGCCUUGGAUCCAACACUUUUUUCCCACUUGUCCAAUUUCCCUUCCACCACUGUCAUCGACACCAUGGCCCUCGUAUUCUCAGGUUCCGAAGACAAUGUCGGCCACGUCUCGUUCUCCGCUUUCGUCACGACCCUCGCCCGCUUCCCUCGUCUCCGCGACCUCAAUCUCGCCCACGUGGACUUCCUCCUCGGUCCAAUCGAUCCCAUCGCCCCGCCCGGACUUGCGCCCCUCCAGAACCUGACCAGUCUCUCCGUCGGAAACCGCAGCACGAUCGCGCUCCCGCUCUGCCCGCUCUGCCCGCGCCUCUCCUCCCUGCGGUGCGAAAGCGGCCAGCUCGCGCUCUCCGCGCUCGCCUCCGACUUCGGGCCAUACACCGGCCCGCCGUGGCCCCCGAUCCGCUCCCUCUCGCUGCCCCUCCUCAGCAGCGUGCCGCUGUUCGCGCACUGGCCCGUCGCGCACCGCGUCGCCUCUGGCUCCGCGGGCGUCGCGCGCGUCUCGAUCGAGCGCUGGGCGGCCGACGCGCGCACGCUCGAGGUUGCGCCGGACACGACGGCGUCGGUCGGGCUCCCGCAGCUGCUCGCGGAGAUGAAGCCCGUCGCGCUCGUCCUCGACGUCGUCCCUUCCACCGCGCCCGCGCCUGCGUCGACGGCCUCCGCGCUCCCGCCCGAACGAACGUGGCGGCAGAUCGCCGUGGCACCGCUCCGGCUGCGCUCCCUCGACCUCACCAUCCGCGGGCACGCGCCCCCGGAUGAUCACGAGCCCAUAGUCCCGGGCGUGCUCUGCACCGCGCUCGCCGGCCUUCCCCUCGUGCACCUCGCGGUCGAGGAGUGCGCGCACUGCACCGACGCGGGGUUCCCCGUGAGCCACGCAGCGGAGCUCGCGCGCAUCCAACGGCUGCUGGGCGCGCCGCGCGCGCUCGUGGACGCGCUUCCGACGGUGCGCGUCCUGCAGGUGCGCGGGGCGUGUCCGGCGGUGCUGCCGCGCACGGCGGAGGAGGUGGGUGAACAGGGCGAGGGCGAGGCGGCGGCGCUGAUGGAGCUACGGCGGAUGGAGAAGGCGGAGGUGCGGCGGUGGGAGCGGUGGUGGUGGGCCGAGGACACGCUCGGGACUGCGGGCGAGCGGGCGUUGGUGGAGCUCUGGAGGGAGGACGGGGAGCGGGCGAGGGAGAUCGUAGAGGGUGACGACUUUGAUGCGAAGACGAGCUUCGACGGCUUCAUGCUACCCAAGCGCAUCUACCGUCCGUAA